AUGUCGCGGCGAAGCACCACAGACCGCUCGGACUACAAUGACAACGCGUCGAACGCCUCAAACACCUCCCGCCGACCCACAAUAAAUUUUCAAGAAUUAAUGGAAGAUCUGCCAGAGCACGAUCGAGAAACCGGCGAACGUCUUCGCCGUCACCUCCAAUUCUUCUUCAUGAAUCCCAUGGAAAAAUGGAAGGUUCGCCGGCAGCUCCCCUACAAGUUACUGCUCCAAGUGCUCAAAAUCGUCUUUGUCACCAUGCAACUCAUCCUGUUCGCUGAAAUGCGCAUGAGCCACGUGGAUUUUCUAGAAGACACGACUACAGUAAUGCGACAUCGAUUUUUAAAAGAGUGGAACGAUGACCGCGACGCUCUGCAGUAUCCACCUGCCGAGGGGCGCUACUCGGUUUAUGACGAUCAGGGGCUCUCGGAGCAUCUUGGAUUUUUGAUUAAUUCGUACUAUGCCAUCCGCAACGACUCUUUUGCCUCCUUCUCCUACGACGUUGUCAAGCAUCCGGCUGACAAUUUGGGGGCUCUGGGUGCUCAGAUCAGCUUCGAAUCCAUCCCGCCUAUUGAAGUAUUGAUCGAUCGAAUUUCCAAUGUCACUGUGAACAAUAACACUUAUGAUUUUGAUAUUCGGGAGGUUAAAGACACCAAACGGCUCAAUCUCACAGCCCAGGAAGUGUUUCAAAUCGGACAAUCCGACGACACCGUCCGAGAUAUUUUAGCGACACGUGGCAUCACAUUCCUUCCAGAAGACGCGCUGAAAAUCUCGACGGUCCAAUUCAAGUUCCGGCUCCGAACGAUCCAUUACUCGCCAACUGCCGGCGAUCAGAAGCCAGAGUGCUAUAAAAUUGCGGUUUCCAUUAAAUUCGAUAAUUCGAGGCAUACUGGACAGGUUCAUGUUACGCUGUCUACAGUAGUCUCGUAUGUGAAUGUGUGUAAUGGACGGAUUAUUAAAGGUCGAAUUCCAGGCGUCGGCUGGUCAUUCGACACAUUGCUCAUCGGCGGCACCGACAUCUUCGUCCUCAUUCUCUGCAUUCUCUCCCUGAUCCUCUGUUGUCGAGCCCUAAUCAAAGCCUGGUUGCUCCAGAACAAAACCAGCGACUAUUUCGAGAAUGUUCUCCGAAAUCCGAUUACUGUAACCGAUCAACUCGACUUUUUGAAUCUCUGGUAUGUGAUGAUUGUGGUCAACGAUGCGCUGAUCAUCCUGGGAACCAUUGCCAAGAUUUCUAUUGAGUUUCAGGAUUUCGACAAUUCCCUCUUCACCCUAACUUCAAUUUUCCUCGGAAUGGGCGCCCUUCUGGUCUACGUUGGCGUCCUUCGAUACUUUGGAUUUUUCAGUCAAUACAAUAUCCUAAUCCUCACACUCAAACGCUCGGCGCCGAACAUCAUGCGAUUCAUGACAUGUGCCAUUGUGCUCUACGCCGGGUUCCUCAUCGCCGGUUGGGUCAUCAUUGGUCCCUACAGUAUGAAGUUCCGCACGUUAUCCGAGUCGUCAGAAGCACUAUUCUCACUUCUGAACGGUGACGAUAUGUUCGCCACGUUUUAUACGAUUAAUGAUUCGAAUACGGUUAUCAAGGUAUUCGGAACUGUGUAUAUCUACCUCUUCGUGUCACUAUUCAUCUAUGUAGUACUAUCACUGUUCAUUGCUAUCAUCAUGGACGCCUAUGAAGUUGUCAAGGACCGCUACUCAGACGGCUUGCGUUCAAUGGAGAAGCGUGGCUGUCUUCACGAUUUCCUCGAAAUGAUUCCACCGCCGUCGGAACUCGGCUCCCCGACCACUCGAUCCACCUACGCACCGUCGAAUCUGCUGAAUCUGGCGGCUGGCAACGACUCGAGUAGAGCACUUCGCGCUCUCAACGCCAUCGACAAUGCUCGCGACUGGCUAAGCAGUCUAAGAGACGGAACAAGGCAAGUUCCAAUCAUUUUCCAAUCCACUGAACGACUCGCUCGAUGA